AGUGAUGCAAAUGGGAGGAAGUCUUUUUCAAACAAGAAAGAACAAGCACUGAUGAGUGAGCAAGCAAUAUAGACUCCCUUUACUACUGUCUGAAAUCUGAACAAACCAACAAACUCAACAGAAAAACAAUGGCGACGACCUCUCACGACCUCCCAUGGGAGAUAAUCACAGAUAUUCUGUGCCGAUUACCGCUGAAAGAUGUGCUGCGGUACAGGUCCGUAUCGACGUCCUGGUGCUCCCUGAUCGACGGCCGCGAUUUCGUCAAGCUCCACUUCAACCACUCUCCAGAAUCGACCUCCCAACUCGGCUUCAUAUUCGGAGGCUCCAACGACCUCUGCUGGGCCGCCUUCAGCGAUCUCACCUCAUUCAUACGACUCACUUACCCGAUAGGCGAUGACAAAGGCAUCACCGUCGCGGGUAGCAGUAACGGACUGCUCGCUGUUAUGAAUUCCAAGGGAGAUGCGGCUAUUUGGAAUCCUUUCACGCGAAGUCGAAGGUACAUCAGUUUACCCGUUUCUGACCAUUUUGGUUCCUUCCCGUUCCAUUCAUUUGAAAUUCUCCUCACCGGAUUUGGGCACGAUCCGAUCACGGAGGACUAUAAGUUUCUAUUGAUGAUCGAAUUUAAUGGGAUAAUGGAUCACUCGUUUACCCGUGAAGUCAAGGUUUAUAGUCUUAAGGCCAGGAAAUGGAAGCGAAUCGAUCAUUUUCCUAGCAAUUACACUUACCUCCGUAACAAUGGCUUCCUUUUUGGAAAUGCUUUGCACUACUGGAUGGUGAAGGUGAAUCCGGAUAAUUGGGAUACCAUACUUGUGUUUGACUUGGUGACUGAAAAGUGCCAGGAGAUGGGGUUGCCAGAUUACAAUGGCCUGGAGACCUGUAGCUGCUUGAAGCUUGUGGAUCUUCGAGGAUCUUUUUGUGCUGUGAUGGUGCCGAAUUACGACCCUUCGCUUGAGAUAUCGGAACGGGUUGAUGUGUGGGAGAUGAAGCAGUACGGAGUUAAGGAGUCCUGGACUAAGCUGUUCUCCGUGGCAACUUCAAUUGCAACUGGUCCCUUCAACUAUUUGGUACCCAUUGCAUAUUUGCAGAAUGGUGACCAGGUUUUGCUGGAGCAGGAUGGUAAGAAGCUCAUUCUGUUUUAUAUGAAGACGAAGAGGGUCAUGAAAAGGGUGGGUUCCAGUUUUCCAUACAUUUGUGAUACCAUUGUUUUUGUAAAAAGCCUGGUUGGACUUGAUUCUGUACAAACAACAAGUUGGAAUAGUAAACAGGGGAAAAACAUCAAUGUCUUAGGGAAGAAGAAGCAAAGUGGUAAAAAAAGGUAAAGCCAAAAUGGAUUUUAGUAUUUUACUAGUAUAAGGAAGCGUAUUCUUCCGUACUCAUCAUCAGGUUUUACUUGUGAUUACCACUGUAGUGUUGACUGCUAUCUGACUGGAUUUUAUUUCUACCUAUGUUUGAGUAGAGAUGAUUUCCUGUCCAAGGGUUUCAAACUUGUGUUGUAAAAGGCGGAUCUAUAGAAGAAGAUCUGAGGUUGCUGAUGCAAGGUUUUAACUAAGGGUUAACUGAUAUAUGUAACAAUCUCUUCAGAUAUGGAGUCUAAUGAGUAAUAUGAAGAUAUGUCAAACUCCGCUUUAGGAUCACAUUAGCAGUGCAUCAUCUGUUAUUAAAGCUUUACUUUGAUAGCUGGCUUGUUUGUGGAGUGUCAUUAGGGAAGAUAUGGUAAAAAUGUGCUACUGAUGGUUUCAUGUCUUGGAAAGUAUUGUCCUUACUGCGAUAUUUGUAUAAGCAUUUACACGAGAUUCCCCCUAACAAUAAGUUCCAGGUAAAAUAGAAGGAGUAAUUUGAAUUUGCGCCCUAUUUUAUUGUUCAAAUUGAACUUUGCA